AUGGAAAAUUAAGCUUAAUCUCAGAAUUUAGUAAAUCCUGAUCUUUCUUAUUUAGGAUAACCUCCUGAAGCUUAUUUAUACUUUCCUCCUAAGGAAUGUUAGUAUGUUUAAAAAUCUAAAUCUAAGAUUUUAAGGUGGUAUUUCGAUGGGCAUAUUAAGAUGAUAGAUGAAGAAGAAUAAAAGGUGAAAGAGUUUGAUUAAUACUUAGUAGAAAAAAAACAGGAUUGUUGCAAAAAUGACCUUUUAUGGACACCUUCUAUGAAAUUGAGAUUUUUAGAAGCAAAUAAUUUUAAAUUUGAUAAAACAGUUUCUUCAAUUCAAGACUAAAAUUAAUGGAUCUCUACUUCAUUACCUCCUAAAAUGACAGAUUUAACUCUUUAAUUUUUGCAAUCAGGUAUCUGUUAUCUAUCAGGUAUCGACCAUAGAUUUAGACCUAUAGUUGUAUUAAAUAUUUACAAGAUCGAUAUGAAGUUAUACACUUUAGAAUAGAUCAUAGAUGGUGUAACUUACUUUAUAGAAAUUAUAGUGAAUCAAUUCUUUUUGCCUGGCUAAGUUGAGAAUUGGGUCAUCAUUUAAGAUCUUAACAAUAUGGGCUUCACCAGUUUACCAAUAAGUACUCAUAAAAAAAUUAUUGUCUAUCUUAUGGAUCAUUACAAAAGUAGACUAUUCAGAUUAUAUGCUGUUAACUGUCCAACUUCUGUAACUUUUUCUUGGGGUGUAGUAAAAGCCUUACUGGAUGAAACAACUAUUGAGAAAAUAUAAUUUGAAAAAACAUCUGAAGCUAAGGGCUUAUGGACUCAUACUAACAAGAACCAGGUGGAAACCAAAUUUGGUGGUGCUUACCCAAAUAUUGAAAAUUCAUGGCCACCAAUAAAAAUUAAUCCAAAUUUUAUGCUCGAAUCAGAUAAACCUGAAGAAUUUUUAAUUUCAAAAGAUAAAUAUAAAGAAUUAUAUCACACAGGAUAGUUGAAAAACAACAAAAUUUGCUAAAAAUUAUUGUAAUGA